GUUGAAUGGCCCGGCCUCUCUCCUCUCAACCCAUCCACGGGAUGCUGGUGCGCAGCAUAGACGAAAGAACAGCUGGAGACGGGGCUUGGCCGGGCAAGGAUGGGGCUUGCUGUUGCUGAAUACCACAGGUACUCGUAUGUGCCAGGCGAGAGAAAUCAUGGACGGGGGGCGAGGGCAGCCAAUUCCUCUUGUGGCCGCUGCAGAAUAUUACCCUGGUCAAGCCCACUUCAAGGGUCCCGAAGCGGAUGUCAGGAUGGCCGAGUCAUGUGUUAAAACCGCUGUUUGCGCCCAGGAGACGGACGAGCCAACAAGUCUAUCAAGCAAAGAGAGGUGCACAAUAGGCUCUGUCGAACGAUUUGAAGGGAGAGUACGGAGAAGGGAGGCGUUGCAUAUCCCAAGGGCACAAACAAAGGUACUAAGACAUCGGUCCUGCGUCCAUAAUAUGCGAGGGCUGUACCUGACCAGUACGAGUUCUCCGUUCGUUCAUCGAGGUGGUAUUGCCGCAGCAUUGUGUCCAUCACUGGCGGCGACAACACCCCAGCCUGCAUACAGGCACAUACAGCCUAGAUGCAUGUACGGGUUGCUCUUUUCGAUGGUCAGCAUGCGCACAAACAUCCUACAGGCAGUUGCAUUGUAUCCGCAGCUGGAACAAGCUUCACCACCUUGCUGGGGAUAGACAGCCGCUCGGGGGUUCCAUGAAAGGAGAUGCCAGUCAUGACAGCCUCAAGACAGGACCAAGGUGGUCCAGGCUUCGGCUGUCGAUGAUUGACGCAGCUAAUAAUACGCACGGGGGCCG